CGUCACGGGCCGCCCUGCUCCCUUUGCUGCUGCUGGGCAGCUUUCUCUCUCUCUCUCUCUCUCUCUUUCUGCAAAUAGAGAGAUAUUAUUUUUGUGCAUUGCUUCUUUGCAACUUUGGCCUCCUUCCAGCCACCCGAGGCGCCUGCAAAACCUUGGGGGAAAAAAAGGACCAAGCGGCUAGUCCUGAAGGAGGAGAUCCAGAGCAUGCAACUGCUUUUGCAAUAGUUUGCAAUAUUUUUUUUGCAGCCCCAUUUUUUCCCCCCUUCGUUUCCAGGCGUGCCGUUUGCAGUUCUCGGACUUCUGGGAAGCCAACCAUGGAGAGAAAACAAGAUUCCAAAGGGUCCUUGGAAAAGCGCAAAGUAGGACCCAAGAAGAAAAGGCCGCCCAUUUUGCAAAUGCCACCGGCUAAUAAGCAGUCGUCUGUCCCUCCAACGCCUCCCAGGAACUUGGACUCUCGGACUUUUAUUACAGUUGGUGAGAAAAACUUCGAAGUGGAGGCGGAUGACUUGGUGAGCAUCGCUGAGCUAGGAAGAGGGGCUUACGGAGUGGUGGAGAAAGUCUACCACGCGCAGAGCGACACUACCAUGGCUGUGAAGAGAAUCCGAGCGACUGUGAACACUCAAGAGCAGAAGAGGCUCCUCAUGGACUUGGACAUUUCCAUGCGGACUGUCGACUGCUUUUAUACCGUCACUUUCUACGGAGCCCUUUUCAGAGAGGGCGAUGUCUGGAUCUGCAUGGAGCUCAUGGAUACAUCCCUAGAUAAGUUUUAUAAGAAAGUCUUGGAAAAGAAGAAAACCAUCCCUGAAGAUAUCCUGGGGAAAAUCGCUGUCUCGAUUGUGCGAGCACUUGAGCAUUUGCAUAGUAAGCUAUCGGUGAUUCACCGAGAUGUCAAGCCCUCCAACGUCCUGCUCAAUAAGCAAGGGCACGUCAAAAUGUGCGAUUUUGGGAUCAGCGGCUACUUGGUGGAUUCGGUCGCAAAGACGAUGGACGCAGGAUGCAAACCUUACAUGGCGCCCGAAAGGAUAAACCCUGAAUUGAACCAAAAGGGAUAUAAUGUGAAAUCGGACGUCUGGAGCCUUGGGAUUACUUUGAUCGAGAUGGCCAUCCUCCGCUUUCCCUACGAGUCUUGGGGAACCCCUUUCCAGCAGCUAAAGCAGGUGGUCGAAGAGCCCUCUCCGCAGCUCCCCGAAGAUCGCUUCUCCAAGGACUUUGUGGACUUCACGGCACAGUGCUUGAGGAAGAAUCCUGCCGAACGAAUGAGCUACUUGGAACUCAUGGCCCACCCGUUCUUCACCCUGCACGACACCAAAGAGACCGACAUGGUCUCCUUCAUCACAGAGAUCCUCGCCGACGAUUCUUAAGAAUUUCUCCAAAGCCGAACAAAACAGAACUGGCACCGCCUCGACCCGGUUUCUCCCCGCGAACAGAGAGCAGCAGAGCGGGAGUCAGGACUUUCUUCGCAUUCACUGUGGUUUGCACAAAACAGAAGGGAUGUCUUUGUCGCCUCCUCCCUCCCUGGAUUCGUGCCGCCACCCCUACGCAGCCUUGCCGGGAGAUUCGGUUCGCCUUCGUGCGGCGGGCGCGCCCUCCAACCCAUCCCCAUUGAGUGACUUUUAACUCCGUUCUGAUUUGUUUUUGCCCCAAGCGUUUUGCAAUGAUCCAUGCUCAGGGAUGUGUCACCCACCGCGCGGUAGCCGUCCAGGCGUCCUGCUGGAAAAACCUGGGUGGCGUUUCCUGCGGGAAAUUAAGCUGCGGUUUUAAAAGGGAAGCGCUUCUUUGACUCAAAAAUAAACGCCCUUUGUGUAGAAAACCAAG